UCGAUGUGCUGCUCCUAGCGUCGUCACCUUGCAAGCACAGAAGUCACCUUCCAACCUCUGCGACUUUCUGCCCCUGUCAUUAGCUACUAUACCAUUGAGUCCCGUGUUCAUUUACAGGUUAAAGGCAUUGCCCUUUUCUAACAAACAUAUCGUGCGUGAAAUAUUUUGGAUUUGAUUCAGCGUUCACUGGCAAAAAUCUGCGGUCCACUGAUCUGUGUUGGUCAUAAGGAGGAGGCGCAAGUCCAAACCGCACAUCGCUGAUCAUUGUAGUCUACCGAGCUAGAGGGCUACUCUGCGUCCGUGUGUGGAAUUAACCCAGCGCACAGACUGGCUGGUGAUGAGGUUCGUCGUGUACACUCGACAGCGCAUUGACAGAAUCCCUCUCGAGCUGAAGAAACCGCCCCAAUAAGGACACAGGCAAGAGGGGAAGAGCAACAGAGGAGCUGGUGUCGGCUGGAACGCUGUCAUUUCGGCAAGAAUGCAUCUCUUCAGUGCCAUGUUCCUACUAGUGAUGUUAGCUGUCAUGCCCUGUGAGGCUCUCUAUCCUAGCCCAGAGGAGGGCUGGCAGAUCUACAGUUCAGCUCAGGAUGCAGAUGGGAAGUGUAUCUGUACAGUGGUGGCCCCGGCCCAGAACAUGUGUAACCGAGACCCACGCAGUCGGCAGCUCCGCCAGCUCAUGGAGAAGGUCCAGAACAUCACCCAGUCCAUGGAGUUGCUGGACCUGCGGACCAACAGGGACCUUCAGUAUGUGAGGAACACAGAGAGCCAGAUGAAGGCUGUAGACGUCAAGCUGAAGACUGCCUCAGACAACCCCCGAAGCCUCAACCCCAAGAGCUUACAGGAGUUGAAGGACAAGGUGACCCAGCUGCUCCCCCUACUGCCGGUGUUGGAGCAGUACAAGACGGACGCCCGUCAGAUCAGCCGGGUGAGGGAGGAGGUGAGGAACCUGUCGCUGGUGCUCAUGGCCAUCCAGGAGGAGAUGGGAGCCUACGACUACGAGGAGCUGAGACACAGGGUCCUGCUGCUGGAGACCAGGCUCCACUCCUGCAUGCAGAAACUGGGCUGUGGGAAGUUGACCGGCGUCAGUAACCCCAUCACCAUCCGUGCGUCAGGGUCAAGAUUCGGCUCCUGGAUGACUGACACCAUGAUCCCUAGUUCAGACAACCGGGUGUGGUCCAUGGAUGGCUACUUUAAAGGUCGUCGUGUCCUGGAGUACCGCACCCUAAACGACUUCAUGAAAGGCCAGAACUUCGUUCAGCACCUGCUGCCCCACCCCUGGGCGGGGACCGGCCAUGUGGUCUACAACGGCUCCCUGUACUACAACAAGUACCAGAGCAACAUCAUCAUCAAGUACCACUUCAGGUCCCGCAGUGUUCUGGUGCAGCGCAGUCUCAGUGGGGCCGGCUACAACAACACCUUCCCCUACUCCUGGGGAGGCUCCUCAGACAUCGACCUGAUGGCAGACGAGAACGGCUUGUGGGCCGUCUACACCACCAUCCCCAACGCCGGCAACAUCGUCAUCAGCCGCCUGGAGCCGCAGAGCCUGGAGGUGCUGCAGACGUGGGACACAGGGUUCCCCAAGCGCAGCGCCGGAGAGUCUUUCAUGAUCUGUAGCACGCUGUACGUCACCAACUCCCACCUGGCCGGGGCUAAGAUCUACUUCGCCUACUACACCAACUCCUCUAGCUACGAGUACACAGACAUCCCCUUCCAUAACCAGUACUCCCACAUCUCCAUGAUGGACUAUAACCCCAGGGAGAGGGUGCUGUACACCUGGAACAACGGACACCAGGUGCUCUACAAUGUCACUCUGUUCCAGGUCGUUAAGACCGCUGGGGACUAGAGACACCAGGGGUGGCUGGUGUCAUUUUACAUCAGAGGACGGGCCUAUUGUAAUGGACGGAAUAGAAUGAAUGGAACGAUAUCAAACAAGCAUUCCAUUGAUUCCAUUCCAGUCAUUGCUAUGAGCCGUCCUCCGUUCACAAGCCUCCAGAGACACCCCGAGCUAGCCUGGUCUCGGGUCUGUUGUGCUGUCUUGACAACUCCUAGUGUGACAUUGACCAUAUGUGUUGGAAAGAUAGCACAGAUCUGGGACCAGGCUAACCCAGAGGCAGAGUCAGACCGAACACACAACAAAACUAUAAUGCUGUUAUGGAGAGGGGGGGCAGACAGAUGGACGGAAGGAGGCUUGGACUUUUUUAAAGCAUUCCAAUCUUCUUCAUAGACUGCUGUUAUUCAUUCGGGAAAAAAUACACUCCGACAGCAAGGUCAGUAGAUAUAUACAGACUUUCUGAUUUUCUUUUCUGUGAUGAGUAAGCAUGGUUCUUUUUAUUUGUGAUGAGAAAUAAAUAUCAACCUUUACCA